GCACCACAUUGCACAGAGUAUAAUACUUUAUAAAUUGUCGGCAUUUGGCGCAUUGCUUCCAGUAAUUUGUAGGUAGUAUUUUAGAAUAUCUAAUUUAAUUAAGAUAGGCGUGAAAGUAAAAAGUAUCAAUUGUUUAUAUUUAACGUAAUAACAAUAGUAUUUUAAACCUAUUUAAACACAAUGAGUAUGGAAGCAAUUGCAACUCCGCCUUCGGUUUCAUGGGCACAGAGAAAUGCCAUUGUGUUUUUAACUUUUAAUGUGGAAUGUGAAAAACCAGACAUUAAAAUAGAGAAAAAAUCUAUUUCCUUUAAAGGGAUUUGUAUACCUGAACAGAAAUUGUACGAAGUUGAAAUACCGUUAUAUGCAGAAAUAGAUCCAGAAAAGAGUACUCAUGUAAAUAAAGGCAGGCUUAUUGAGGUUGUCUUAGCUAAAGAGCGGCCGGAUGAGACGUACUGGCCUUCUUUGACCAGUGACAAAAAGAAACACCACUGGCUUAGAGUAGAUUUUAACCGGUGGCAGGAUGAAGAUGAGAGUGGUACGGAGCUAGAUGAAAAUUAUGAUAUGUUCUCAAAUAAAAUUGGUGACUUUGGAGACGAAUAUGAGAAUGAUGAUUCAAGCUCUAUCGAAGAAGAAGAUUUACCAGAUGUAGAAUAAAGACCU